GCACUACUCCUCUUUUGAAAAAGGAACAUGCUGUAGGGUUGUGAGGAUUCAAAGAGAUAAUCCACAUUCAGCAGUAAAAAAAAAAAACCUGUUGCUGUCGAGUUCAUUCGGACUCAUAGCGACCCUACAGGACAGAGUAGAACUGCCCAGUAGGCUUUCCUAGGAGUGGCUGGUGGAUUCGAACUGCCGACCUUUUGGUUAGCAGCCACAUCCUUAACCACUGUGCUACGCAGUUAAAUCCAUUUUCGGUAGAAUCAUUCUGAACUCACAGCACCCCCAUGUGUGCCAGAGUAGAACUGUGCUACACAGGAUUUUCAGUGGCUGAUCUUUUGGUAGCAGGUCUCCAGGCCUUUCUUCCGAGGCACCUCUGUGUGGACUGGAACCUCUAACCUUUCAAUUAGCAGACAAGCAUGUUAACCAUUUAUACCACCCAGAGACUUGGGGAAAGCUCAAUAAAUGUUGGCUAUUAUUUUAUUACUGAGUGCAUAAUACCCUUUGCUAAACUCAUUUUUCUUCAAAGACCAACUUUUCCUAGGACUACAGCUGAAGGAGAACCCCCUAACCCCCAAAAAGAAAAGUUAAUUGACAGCUAUGUUAUCUGAGUGUUGCCUACACUUGAAGAUGAAUUAAUUCCCCAUCCUAAAAAUAACAGAGUAAAAGAAGUCACUCCAUCCCUGAUGGAGCAGAAGAAAUGUGGGAUGCAGACCUCAAAUUCUGGUAAAAAGACCAGACUUAAUGGUCUGACUGAGACUGGAGGGACCCCAGAGGACAUGGCCCCUGGACUCUCUGUUUGCCCGAAACUAAAACCAUUCUCAAAGCCAACUCUUCACAGAUUAGACUGGAGUAUAAGACAUAAAAUAAUACUGGUGAGGAGCUCAACUAGGCACAUGAGACUGUGGGCAGCUCCUGUCUGGAGGCGAGAUGAGAAGGCAGAGAGGAACAGGAGCUGGUUGAAUGGACACAGGAAAUAGAGUGGUGAAAAGGAGUGUGCUGUCACAUUGUAGGGUGAGCAACUAGUGUCAUAUAACAAAGUGUGUGUAAUUUUUUGUAUGAGAAACUGACUUGAAUUGUAAACUUUGACUUAAAGCACAAUUUAAAAGAAAGUCACUCCUGGGGGUCAAAAGACACAGGUUAACCUAUUGUAGAACCAACAUUUGUCCAUUCCUUAUGCAUUUAUUGGGUUUCUUCUAUGUGCUUGACAUGGUGCUUGGUACUUUAAGUCAUACAAAUUUACAUUGGAUGUUGUCCAUGAUUUCAUUUAAUCCAGAAGUGGAAAGAAUACGCAUCCAGGAGUUAAUUGCCACACAAAAUAGAAUGUGAAAAGUACCAGAAAAGAGAUAGCUCAAAAGCUGAAUGUAGAAGAGGCAUGUUGGAGUCAUUGAGUCAUCUAGGGGGCUCCUCAAGCUUUGGUGUAUGUGUUGGCCAGUUCUGAAAUCUCCUUGAAGAUCAAAGGAGCAGUCUUUGACAAUUAGGGAAUGGACCGUUUGGGUUCCUUUAGCAAUGAUCCCUCUGAUAAGCCACCUUGCCGAGGCUGCUCCUCCUACCUCAUGGAGCCUUAUAUCAAGUGUGCUGAAUGUGGGCCACCUCCUUUUUUUCUCUGCUUGCAGUGUUUUACUCGAGGAUUUGAGUACAAGAAACAUCAAAGUGAUCAUACUUAUGAAAUAAUGACCUCAGAUUUUCCUGUUCUUGAUCCCAGCUGGACUGCUCAAGAAGAAAUGGCCCUUUUAGAAGCUGUCAUGGACUGUGGCUUUGGAAAUUGGCAAGAUGUAGCCAAUCAGAUGUGUACCAAGACCAAGGAGGAGUGUGAAAAGCACUAUAUGAAGCAUUUCAUCAAUAACCCCUUGUUUGCUUCUACCUUGCUGAACCUGAAGCAAGCAGAGGCAAAAACUGCCGACACAGCCAUUCCAUUUCACUCUGCAGAUGACCCUCCCCGACCUACCUUUGACUCCCUGCUUUCUCAGGACAUGGCAGGAUACAUGCCAGCCCGAGCAGACUUCAUCGAGGAGUUUGACAAUUAUGCAGAAUGGGACUUGAGAGACAUCGAUUUUGUUGAAGAUGACUCGGACAUUUUACAUGGAAUACAAAACCUAGCUGUUAAAUUGCUGAACUUAUCCUGUUGCUGGAUUUCAACUACAUUGAGAAAGAUUAAUUGUGGUGAUGCUCUGAAGAUGGCUGUGGUAGAUAUCUAUCAUUCCAGGUUAAAAGAGAGACAAAGGCGGAAAAAAAUUAUAAGAGACCAUGGACUAAUCAACCUUAGAAAGUUUCAGUUAAUGGAACGGCGGUAUCCCAAGGAAGUCCAAGACCUUUAUGAAACCAUGAGGCGAUUUGCAAGAAUUGUGGGGCCAGUGGAACAUGACAAGUUCAUUGAAAGCCAUGCAUUGGAAUUUGAACUCCGAAGGGAAAUCAAGAGGCUCCAGGAAUAUAGGACAGCAGGCAUUACCAAUUUUUGUAGUGCCAGAACCUAUGAUCACCUCAAGAAGACACGAGAGGAAGAACGUCUUAAACGCACCAUGCUCUCAGAAGUUCUCCAGUAUAUCCAAGACAGUAGUGCUUGCCAGCAGUGGCUUCGCCGGCAAGCUGACAUUGAUUCCGGCCUGAGUCCUAUUCCGAUGGCUUCAAAUUCAGGUAGACGAAGUGCACCACCUUUGAACCUCACUGGCCUCCCGGGCACAGAGAAGCUGAAUGAGAAAGAAAAGGAGCUUUGUCAAAUGGUGAGGUUGGUCCCUGGAGCCUAUUUAGAAUACAAAUCCGCUCUGUUGAACGAAUGUAACAAACAAGGAGGCUUGAGACUGGCACAGGCAAGAGCACUGAUCAAGAUAGACGUGAACAAAACCCGGAAAAUCUAUGAUUUCCUCAUCCGAGAAGGAUACAUCACUAAAGCCUGAGGCUCUAAGGACUUGGGAUCAGAAAUCAGAAGUUUGGAAUGUGGUGGGCUGGAGGACAGUAUGGGUAUUCUGGAAAGUUUUGUUUUGUGCUGAAUUCUCAUUGUAAAGAGAGAGGAAGGACAAAGGAAAACUUACGUUGUUUUAAUGUCUACUUUUGUCUCUAUCUUGCUUUAAAACACUCCUGUUGUUGGUAUUGUGCUGCAGAGUUGUGUGCUAGAUGAGUUAUUAUUAAAUGUGAGUGGGCAUUCA